UGUGUAGAGAAUAUGGAAAAAACAAAAAGGGGUGAGUAUCAUUUCACCAUUGAACAUGGAAGCAUAUAAUUCUCAUAUGAAGAUCAAUAAAUAUUUCUUAUGUGCCACUGGGCUAUGGCCUUAUCAAUCGAAAGUUACACAAAAAUUAAUUUCUUUCUUCAUUUGGCUUAGUCUCAUAAGUUUUCUGAUACCACAAAUACUAGCUUUAAUAAACAAUUGGGGUAAUACCGACAUUGUAAUUCAAUGGCUUCCACCCUGCUUUGUCAAUCUUCUCAGUAUAAGUUGUUACGUGCCUGCUUCUAUAAACAGAAAUAAAAUAAAAUUAAUUUUAUCAAAAAUGAAGGAAGAUUGGCAAUUAUGUGAAUCAAAUUCAGAAUUUCAAAUUCUCAAUAGUAAUGGAAUUUUGUCAAAAAAUGUAAACAAUGCAAUAUAUGUUUUCUUUUACAUAGCAAUGCUGGAAUUUCUUACAGUACCACUUAUUCCCAGUUUUUUGGAUAAAAUAAAACCAUUAAAUGAAUCCCGUCCAAGAAGAUUAAUUAUGGUUACUGAUUAUUUAGUGGAUUCAAAUAAUUAUUAUGCAGCAAUAGCCGCACAUCAUUGGCACGUUUCUAUUAUAACAAUUACACUUAUUUUAACUGUUGAUGGAAUAUUUAGAGCUUUCAUCUAUCACGCUUGUGGUCAAAUGGAAAUAUUAGGAUUCAAGAUGAAGAACAUUGUAAAAAUAGAUUACAACAUGGAUAUUUCUGAUGAAAGAAAUGUACAAAGAGAAAUUAAAUUCUGUAUUCAGAAGCAUAAAUCAGUUGUAAUGUUUGUGAAUCAGAUAAAUGAUUGUUUUUCUACCUCAUACUUCAUGGGAUUAGGAUUUAAUAUGAUAAUGAUAAGCUUCACUGGCGUUCAGUUAAUCAUGAAAUUGGAUGAUCCAAGUGAAACUUUUGCAAUUUUGUCAUAUACUAUGAGUCAAAUUCUUCGUCUAUUUAGUUUAACAUUACCAUGUCAACGUUUGAUAGAUCAGAGUACUUUACUUUCACUAAAUAUCUAUAAUAGCUAUUGGUAUAAUUUAUCUUUAGAAUCGAAAAAUUUAUUGAAAAUAAUAAUGUUGAGAUGUAUGAAACCGUGCACUUUUACUGCAGGAAAAUUAUACACUUUUUCCAUGAGUAAUUUCGGUGUGGUUGUAAAAACAUCCAUUUCAUAUUUUACAGUUUUAUUGUCUCUACGUAAUUAAAAUAUUUUAAAAGACUUUUUUUUCCAUUAUGCAAAUACGAAUUUUUUAUACAAUUAUAAAU